AAAAAGUUAUUUGUUCUCUUUUUUAUCAAUGGCUACAAUUUCUCACUACACUCUUCAUCCUCUAUCUUCUUCUUCUUCUUGUUCAACUUUGGUUCAUCUUUCACCAUGUUCUUCUACAUCUUCUCUCACUCUUCCUCAACCUUCUUCUUCAUCCAAAUUCUUCUUCCCAUCUUCCAAAUGCAGACGGAAACCAACCAAACUCAAACACUUGAUGAUCAUUGAUCCAAUUUUGCUGUUUAAUGGCCUUGGUAGCGCUUUCUACUUUGAUACUCAAACACUUCUUGCUACUGUUAGUGUUCUGGCUGCCAUUGCUCUUUCUCUCUUUCUUGGUCUCAAGGGUGAUCCGGUGUCCUGUGAGCGAUGCGGUGGAAAUGGUGGAACAAAAUGUGUUUUUUGCAACGAUGGCAAGAUGAAACAAGAGAUGGGGUUGGUUGACUGCAAAGUAUGCAAGGGUUCAGGAUUGAUACUCUGCAAGAAAUGUGCUGGUUCUGGCUAUUCCCGAAGAUUAUGAGCUUUGAAUUUUGCUAAAUAUCUUAAAUCUUCUUGUUCUGAAAUCUGUAAGAUAUUGUAACUAUCUUAUUGUUCAUAGUUUAUAUUUUUUUUAUGAAUCUUUUUAAUCAUAUAACUAUGAAUCUUUUUAAUCAUAUAA